UAAUACUUUUAUACGGAGGCGGACCCAUGAUUUGAAGGUCUCGGGUGCAUUUUUGGAUUCAACCAAACUUUGCUUUGUAUAUAGAGUGUUCACAACUAAUAUAUCACUAUUUCCGAAAGACAUAUAUACAUGUAUACAUAGAAUUUUUGCUGAACUUUACGGGUGCUGAUGACCACUUUUUAUAUAGCAUAGGUUCGCCUAUGCAGUUUUAUCAUCUCUUCUGACUCUGAACAUCAAAUUAAGCCAUUUUGUGUUUUGUGAGACAAAGUUAAUAGGCAAAAUGGAUAUUGAUGAAAGGAAACAAGAUCUUUAGCUAUGCGAUAGUCGUCUUGAUUCUAUUUUGCUUUUAUUUUGCUUGAUCAGUUGGGAAUGGGAAGUGCACUGGAGACACUUUGUGGUCAAUCAUAUGGUGCUUUGCACCAUCACAUGCUUCGCAUUCAUAUGCAAAGGGCAAUGUUUGUUAGUCUUUUAGUCAGCAUACCUAUUGUUUGUAUUUGGGCUAAUGCAGGACAUAUUCUUGUAAUCUUGAAACAAGAUCCUGAGAUAGCAGCCGAAGCAGGAAUUUAUACACGCUUCAUGAUACCGAGCAUCUUUGCCUAUGGACUAUUAGAAUGCCAGAUUAGGUUUCUACAAGCUCAAAACAAUGUCCGGCCCAAGAUGUUAAGCACAGGAGUCACUCUGUUGUUGCAUGUUUUCAGUUGUUGGAUUCUCGUGCUCAAAAUCGGCCUUGGUAGUAAAGGUGCUGCUCUGGCUAAUGCUACAUCUUACUGGAUUAAUGUGUUCUUGCUAGCUGCUUAUGUUAGGAUAUCUCCUUCGUGCAAAAGUACUUGGACCGGAUUCUCAACUGAACCAUUUACUGAUAUCCCAAGAUAUCUUAGACUAGCCAUUCCUUCAGCUCUUAUGAUUUGCUUGGAGAUAUGGUCAUUUGAACUGAUGGUGAUUUUGUCCGGUCUUCUUCCUAAUCCAAAACUAGAAACUUCAGUUCUUUCAAUCAGCCUUAAUACAUCUGCAAUGUUACAUAUGUUGGCUGAAGGACUAGGUGGGGCUACAAGCGUAAGAGUUUCUAAUGAAGUGGGAGCUGAACAACCAAAAGCAGCUCGUCUUGCAGCACGUACUGCAACGAUCUUAGCUACCAUAGAAGGGAUUCUACUAGCUAUAAUCAUGGUUUCGAUACGUAAAGUCUGGGGCCAUUGCUACAGCAAUGAAGAAGAUGUGGUGAUAUAUGUAGGGAAAAUGUUAUUCUUCAUAGCUGGGUCCCACUUCCUCGAUGCACAUAAAUCCGUAUUUUCAGGUAUUGCUAGAGGGUGCGGGUGGCAAAAGAAAGGCGCAUUUGUCAAUUUGGGAGCUCAUAAUCUGUGGGGAAUACCUGCUGGUAUUGUGUUAGCUUUUGUCUACCAUCUUGGAGGAAAGGGACUUUGGUUGGGAAUCAUUCUGGCCCAUUCUGCACAAGCACUAAUUUAUUUAGUUGUUAUUCUGCUAACAGAUUGGGACAAACAGGCAAUGAAAGCAGCAGAAAGGGUGACUCAAGAAUCAACAUAAAAUCUCAUUUAUCAUUGUUUAGAAUAGUUGGAUGUGAUGUAUUAGAUUUAGUUCAAUGGGCUUUGUGUUUGUUUAGGAAGGACUGGUUUUGUGUUUGUUCUUUGCCAAAACAAAAUUCCUUCCAUUUCUUGUGUUCCUAA